GCUACUUUGGAUGUAGGGACAGCUGCCAAGAUGUCUCUCUCAAGAUUGAAGUCUGAAACCGAUAAGUCUCUGUCAGAUAUGGCCAGUGAGGUUAACUCGGGAGAUCAAGUUGGGCCAGGGUCAAGACCAUUGUCUUCUGGGGACUUAAGAAAGAGUCUUCACCCUCAGGAGCCGUCCACCCCAGGUAGCUUCCCGACAUCAUCCGUCAGCCUUAGCCAGAUGCCUGACUUCCAACAUGAGCCCCUGCUGUUUACCGAAUUACACCUGGCCAAGAUGGAGAAAAUAUUUGAGGAUGACGUAAACUCAGCCAGAGGCCUGAACAGGGAGGCUUUCAUCAAGGUCAUGAAGAAGACUCUGGGCCAUAUGUCAGAUGAGAUGCUAGAGGCGCUGUUUUUGAAGGUGGACAUAGAGUGUAAUGGCUUCAUCACCUGGUCGAACUGUGUGGAUUAUAUGAUACGGGAGUUCCAGGGAAAGGAGUUGAUGAGGAAGAUCCAGUACCACCUGCACUUCUACUUGCCCAUGAGGAUCAUCCACCUGAAUCAUGGGUGUGAGGUUGUGAAAGUGGAGUUUUUAAUCCAUCGGUUCAAGAAGAUUGGGAAUUUUCUGACUGUCACCAAGAACGGGAUCCUGCAGUUCUGGUCAGAGUCCUUCUCUCUGGUCAGCUCCUUUAGGCUUAACCAGACCCAGCCGUUCCACAACCAGCAGAUGUGGGUCAUCGACAUGGUGUGUCUCCACAACAUGAACCUGGUUGCGAUAGCAUCUACUGAUCAGAAGAUCGAGUUCUUCGAUAUUAGUAAUCUUAAGUGUGUUCGGGCCUUCACCUUCAUCGAUCUGGACAACUGUGCUCUGGUUAUGGACUACUGGUCUGACUAUAACAGAGGUGUGUUCUGCUUUGGAGACACCAAAGGCAACGUCAUCGUCUUCACCUCUGACAAUGUGGCCAAUGGGCUGUUCAACCCCCGAAUCCUCCCCAGGACCUCCAAAUGGGAUCACUGGACCAGUGUUUCCAUACAGAAGCUCUUAAACGAGAAGUCCCCUUUUUAUAGAAGUUACCGGCUGAAGGCUCUCCAUUCCAACUGGUGUCAACAGGUCAGGUUCCUUCCCCAUAUGAACCUGGUGGCUUCCUGUUCAGCCAUCGAGAAAUCCUCUCUGGCGCUGGUAAUAUUGCCGUCCAAAGCCUCCGAGAACCCCAAGUUUUCAGUGCUGAAUAUAAGAAAAGGAAUUCUUUGCUUUGAUUACUGCCCAGACAAGAACUUCCUGGUGACUGGUGGCUAUGACCCCCUCAUCCGCCUGUGGAACCCUUUCUUCUCGAAAAAGCCUAUGUGGAUUCUGAAGGGACAUCAGACCUCGGUGACGCACAUCCUGGUGCACGACAAGAACAGCAGCAUCCUCCUCAGCAUCUCCAAGGACAAGAACAUCCGCGUGUGGGACUUGCAGGAGUAUAUAUGCCUCCAGUCCUUCUGUGGGAGGCUUUUUGCCCUGGGAAACUGCCCCAUCACCAGCGCCUACCUCCAGAAGAGCGACAACAGCCUCAUCUGCUGCACCUAUUCAAUUGGGAUCCUGAAAGGGUACAUGGAGACCGAAGGGUCUGGGAAACACGAGGAGAAGAUCACAACUUACAGCAUGCCCAUGUGCGCUGUCCUCUACAGCAAGAUUUUUAAGCAGGUGGUGAGCGGCUCUGUGAGCGGAGUAGUGAAUGUGUGGGAGAUCAUGACAGGCAAGAGGAUGAUGGAGUUCUCUGUGACCUGCGACCAGCAAGUGGAGCUGACUGCCAUGUCCCUGGAUGAGUCCGAGCGGCGCCUGCUCACGGGUUUGCGUGAUGGCACGCUGAAGAUGUGGAACUACAGCACUGGUGAAUCCCUGCUGACCUUCCCCAACCCAGACAAGCUGGAGAUCAGUGGCAUUGUGCACAUGAAUAAAGUGUUCUACGUGACCGGGUGGAACAGGAGAAUCACUUGUUUCGUGUCCCACAAGACCAAGUCGGUGCUCCAGUACCACCAGUGGCAGACCUUCCACACGGAGGACGUCCUGAGCGUGGCCAAGUACCAGAACCAGUUCCUCGGGACCUCCUCCUACAACGGGGACAUCUUCUUGUGGAAUGUCAAUCUGUUCAAGCCCGUCCUCAAAUUCAAUGCCUCUGAGAGCCCCACACCCAUGCUGCCUAAGAAGGUGCAAGAAGAGGACUACAGCUCAUUCAUGAGCCAGGGAGCCUGCAAGCCCUGUAAGGAGCAAAAGAAGUGGGCGUACAGAACCUCUGUGCAGCCUCUGGCGCCCAGCACGAAGACUGUGGCCAACACCAGCCUGAGACGGAACCUGACGUCAGCGCCCCCUGUGAUGAGACACCCCAGAGACAAGGAGCUGGAUAAGCCUGUGCCCCUGCAGAAACCACACAGUGCGGGCAGCCUCAAGCUGAGGAUGUAUUCCGGCAGAGAGGCGCUCCUCCACGAGGACGAGCGGAGGAGGGGGGAAUUGCAGAAGAAGGAGUUCCUACAGUUGAACUCAUCGGUGGAGAAGAUCAUCUUCCUGCAGAGCAGGCCUCGCCUGCCACACUCGGCCGCCCUCCUGAGCAGCUGCAUUGACGGCUACAUCUACGCCUGGUCCAUCUACGGGAACGAAGGCCUGUUGGGGAAGUUCCCCGUGGACACCAAAGACAAUGGGGACGUGGUCGUGGGUGCCAUGGCCACUGAUGAAAAUGACUGCAUCCUUGUCACAGGGGAUAGUAAAGGGCACAUCAAGAUCUGGGACAUCAAGGAUUAUUGCACAGCUACCGACGGGCAGUCAUCUCAACCCCGUAGAAAAAACAAGUUCCAGUACUUAAUUCCUAAACCAGUCCAGACCAACCUCCCAUACAGCAUCCCCUUGGUGGAGAAGAAGAUCAUGGCUGGCCAGACCAUUUCCCUGACUCCCCCCAAGCUUCUGAUAACCUGGAGGGGCCAUUUGGAUAGUGUGGCAGACAUCCUGUAUGUGGACAGCUACCAGCUGGUGAUCAGUGCUGGCCAGGACCAGGACAUCAAGGCUUGGAGACUCUCUGGCGAUGCCAUUGGGACAUUUGGCCUGAGUGUUUGGAAAAAGCUGAAGGAUACCCAGAUGGUCGGUGAUCAAGAACUGAAUAAAAGCUUAGAGAAAAAGAACGAAUUCGCACAUGCCUCCAAGAAGGCCUAUUCCGAGCUUCAGGAGGAGCGGGAUUUCGCCGAGGCCCUGGUGUACCAGCGGCGGGAGCAGGUCGCACUCAUGGCCCUCCUGAACGGGAACGCAGACACGGAGGCGGACGAUUGGGCCAAGCUGCAGAAGAUAACCCUGAUGUCCCCAUGGGCUGGAGAGCGCUCCCCGGAAGAUAUUGAGAACACCUGGCACAAGUGGGAGUCCAAGGACAAGCAGGUGAGCAAAGUGCUGGGAGCAGCUUACAAGCCCAAGGAGCGAGCGCGGAGCCCUGGAGUCCUGUCCACCAACGUGCAGUUUAGCUUGAUGAUGAAGCACCAGAUCUCACCUCAGAUCUACCAAAGCCUGUACUUCAACGAACUGGCACCAACCCACCAGCCUAACUUCAUGAUACACAAGGUCCUAGACCAGCAGGGCCAUCUUAUCCGCCUGGUGACGCAUGACAUCUUGAAGGACGUGCAUCCUGUCAGGGAGACGGCCCCCAUGCCCACUGCCGUCUACUCCCCCUCCUCCGUGUUCUCAUCGCUAGCCUCGGGCUCCGUGUUGCCGGCCAGCAGGCUCACCUCCCCGGGGCUCCAGACCUACCCUUCCAUGCGGCCCUAG